AAUUGAAAGUAGAUCCAGAAAAAUGAAAAGAAGGUGUGGGGGAUGGAGGGGCAGGAGGGAGAGCCCAGCCAACUGGCAUAGUUUGACAUAUUCAGCUCAGCUCUAAAAGUCUGAGGCAGCCUGGGCUCCAAACCACACAGACCUAGAUCCUUCCUGCACGCUCCACAUCUGCAGCAUUGGGUUCUGGUAAAAGAAGGAGAGGAUGCAGAGUAGUUAAAAGCCAUUGUUUUGGUUGUGUGUAUUGGUCCUCUCUCUCUAUAUAUAUAUAUAUAAAGAUAUUUAUAUAUAUACACUCAGUUCUGUUAGUUAUUAAAAGUAUAAAAGCUCAACUACAAUGGAUCUACAGAAUGGAGUAUAAUAUUGAUUUCUACAAACAUUUUGCCUGGCUCAGAAAGGAAAACAUCAGCUCAAACAACAGUGAGUCCCACCAAGAGCGAUUAUCACGUCUGGAGGGAGACAAAGACUCGCUAAUUCUACAGGUGAGUGUGCUGACAGACCAAGUGGAGGCUCAAGGGGUGAAGAUCCAGGACUUGGAGAGUUCUUUGGUGGAGCAUCAGCACAAACUCAACUGUGCAGAGGAGAUGCUGCAACAGGAGCUUGUGCACCGGAUGUCACUCGAGAAACAGAAGGUUAAUCUUAUGGGGGAGGUUUCUUAUCUGAAACUAAAGCUGGCAGACAUGGAGGGAAAGCAGGUCCCUGGGACCGAGAGGCAGCACAAAGCAGAGACUGUAGUGAAUUUCAUUAGUGAACUGCAGGAGCAGAUGUGUCAGUUUCAGAAGGAGAUCAAUAGCAAGAUCCAGGAGAAAAAGCCCGUGGAGAUCUCGACUGACAGCAGGUUUCCAGUGGUGUGCCCCAGUGAGUCCGCUACUGGGCGUGGCAAAAACUUCCCGGUGUGCUGUGAUGGACCCUCGGGGGGUAUGCACAAGACAGAGGGGGCUCCAGACAGACCUUUGGGGAACCUGAGAGAGGGUAGCUCAGAUGCAGAGCAGCGGUGCCACUGCGGAGGAGAAAGAGUUUUACUUAAAGAACUCAGAAUUCUCAAGGAAAAAGUGCAGUACUUGGAGGACCAGAAGUUACAGUAUGAAAAGAAACUCAAGGCAACCAAGGCAGAGGUCGGCUGCCUUCAGCAGCUUCUCCUCAGCAAGAAUGCAGAAAUCGAGAGCUUGCACACUCAGUUGCUGGCCAGACCUCCUCUGACUACAGAGAUCUCAGAGAGAGACCAAGAACUACAAAAACUUCGCAGUGGAAUGAAGUCGCUGGUUGCUGCCAAUGAUGAAAAGGACAGACAGAUUGAGGAGCUCACACUGCUCCUGAAUCAGUGCAGACAAUUCAAAGAGGUUACUCACAUCUCAAGACAAGCUCCAUCUACUGUUCGUUCCUUGUCAAAUGGUCGGACUGCUUCAAGUAGCAGUGAGGAAGGAGACCAGGCGCUGACGAAGACUGUUGAUUCUGCCAGUACAAAAUCCGAUGAUGUAAAGUCUGAAAUUUCAACCAGUAGUUUGUCCUCCCAGCAAACAUCCUUUCAGUCAGCCCAGAAAGAAUGUGAUUCCAGAACAGAGCCACAGACCUCAUCAAGCAGCUUGAAUGACAUAACAAAUGGACAUUCACCAAAGUUUCUUCGUGGUGGUCUGGGGGAUGGUAGAAGUCAGACCUUGCCUGUGAAUUCAACUCUCCUGGAACAGGAGAUUGGUGAUGCAGAUAGCCAGAGUCAAAAAAAUCCAGAUGGGAGUGAAGAUGGAGACUCCUGCCAAAGAAAGUCGGAGAGAGCCCAUGACUGCACCUCCAGUGAGAACUCCCCUGCUCAUUGUGAGGGACAAACGCGGCCUGGCCAGCGAGCUGUGGGUUCUCCCGAAUACAUGAAGAACAAUAGGAGCUUCAAGAGAUUCUGGGGAAAGCUUCGAAGAACCCAGUCUGGGGGCUUCCAAACUGCAGAUCCAGAUGCUGGCCAGUUUAGAAGAGGAGGUUUGCGAGCAACAGCAGGGCCUAGACUUACCCGGACCCCUGAAUCUAACCCCACACGUGAUCUGAAUAUUCCAUUCAGCCAAUGGACCAAGGAGCAGGUGUGUGGCUGGCUUGAGGAUUAUGGACUUGGCCAAUACAUCAAUCUCACCAGACAGUGGGUUGAAAGUGGGCAGACCCUUCUGUCAGCCACGCCUCAAGAUUUUGAGAAGGAGAUGGGCAUGAAGCAUCCCCUUCACAGGAAGAAGCUGCAACUUGCUUUGAGAGCCUUUACUUCUAAAGUUGCAGAGAAAUCUUCAGAGCUGGACUACAUCUGGGUCACCCGCUGGCUGGAUGACAUUGGAUUGCCUCAAUAUAAAGACCAAUUCCAUGAGGCCAGAGUAGAUGGUCGCAUGAUACAGUACCUCACUGUGAAUGACCUUUUGACUCUAAAGGUAACCAGCCAACUUCAUCACCUCAGCAUUAAAUGUGCCAUUCAUGUUCUUCAUGUCAAUAAGUUCAACCCAAACUGUCUUCGACGCAGGCCAAGCGAAGAGAAACAUCCAUCUCCUUCAGAGGUAGUGCAGUGGUCAAACCACUGUGUAAUGGAGUGGCUAAGAGCAGUUGAUCUUGCUGAGUAUGCUCCUAAUCUACGGGGGAGUGGCGUUCAUGGUGGCCUGAUUAUCUUGGAGCCUCGCUUCAGCUCUGAGACUUUGGCCCUGCUUUUAAAUAUUCCUCCACAGAAGACUUUGCUCCGACGUCAUCUUGCCACCGCCUUUGGUGCUCUGGUUGGGCCUCAAGCCAUGCAGGAGAAACGAGAGUAUGGCAACGCCACAGGCCAUGUGCCGCUUACUACCACUGCUAAAGUAAAACCAAAGAAGCUCGGCUUCACCCAGUUCAGUCAUCUGAGAAAGAAGAAACCAGAUGAAUCUGCAGACUACAUCUGCCCAAUAGACAGUGAUGCGCUAACGGUGAAUGGAGUUUCUCGCUUGCUGUCUCCAGCACACAGAGGCUUUAGCUCAACUUUGGACAGACAAGUUGAAAAACGGCAACCAGCAGCUGUAAAAUCUCAAAGUAAUGUUCCAGACAAUACCUGAAUAAACAAACAAGAAACUCAAUUCUCUCUGCCACUUCCUGACUUUAUAUUUGCUGAAAAAAGAAUGUGGAUUUCCUCUAAGAUGCAAUGUUUAGUUUUUAUCUGGAUGAGCCGGAAAUACAUUAUGAAUACACAUGACAAGUGCUCUGUCAUUGUCUUUUUGAUCAGAUAUAAUUUUUUUAAAUAUCUGUAUUUAAGAGGUAAAGACAGAUAAUACUAUGCAAAUAGUACUGCAAAGGCUGCUGCCUGCAUUCCUUAUGAAAAUUGAUUCCAAAGCUUAACUCAUUGCUGUUUUAUUGACCAUUCUAUACGGAAAUGUCUGUAUAUGUUUUGAUGUAUAUCAGGAUUUUCUGUACAGCGUAAUAAUUGACAUCAGGUACUUAAAGUAUGUUUCUCUUUACUUUUGGAUUUUUUUUUUUCAUUUCAAGUAGUGCGUUAGAUAAUCAAAUGAAGCUGUUUUGUAAAUGUUAUUUCUUUAAUUACAGCAUUAACUUAAGUAGUGCAUUUUCCUUAUAAAAUUGUCAUUUAUCAAGAAGCUUAUCUCAACAAACUGUAAUUUAAAAUAGUUUUCUAGCUAAAUAUGAUAAACAAAAUCUAUAGCUCAUUUUUUUUUUUUUUUAUCAGCUCUAAAAAGGACAGAGCACCAGACCACUUGAAUGGUUCAGUAAAUAAAUGCAUGCUAAUAUUUCCUAUGUAAAUAUGCUGAUGUUCUAUAAUGAUGUAAAACAUUAGAAAAACGCAUAUGUUUUCUUUCUUCCCUCCAACUUUCUUCUUGGCAUCACAGUAAUGUCUGUACUAUGGGUCUGAUCCCAUAUGACUUGGAAGUCGACUCUCCAUAGUGGUCUGGCACUUUCAGGUUAUUUAUAUUUAGGGCGAGCUUGGAGCUAUUUAUUUAUUUUUUACCUGCUCUUGUUUUUGGCACUUGUAGCAUUUUUCUGUUGCAUUUGUUUGUCUGUUUUUAGUUGAGAGUUGGAGUUUGCAUAAUUCUAUUUUCCUUGAUUGGAGAAUUAUUAUUAUUUUUAUUUUUUUGUUGCGGGACAGUCAGCUUUUGGCUGUGCAUUUGCAGCUGUCUACUAUUGGUUUUAACCCUUAAAGUACCCCCAAAUAGUUUAAUGUCUUAUUUUAGGUUAUAAAACCUGAAUGUUUGAAAUUAUAAACGUUAACUACAUUUAAAUACCUUAUCAAGCCAGAGAUAACUGCAAAACGUUGUUACAAACUUGCAAGUAUCAACAAUCCAAUGUGUCAGUUUAAUUAAACCAUUGGGAGCUGCAGCAAAUGCUAAGAAUGCAUCUGAAAGCAAAUAAUCUCAUGGAUUUAAAAGUAUGGUAUUUCCGUUUUAGAUUGGUAUUCAGACUGUUGCUUUACUCUUACUGAUUUAGAUGUACUUUUGCAUCUGUUUUACAGUGCUGUUUAACAAACAUUGGCCUGUAUGUGGGUGCAUGGGUGGCUGCUUUGAACAGGCUCAGAAAUCCUGCAAAAUGUUGUCUGGUUCUUUGAUUUUUAGUUUUACUUUGCAGCAAAAAAGACCUAAAUCACAACAUAAAGAUUUUGACAUUGUGGUAAAGAGGAAAUAACAGUUGAACAUGUUAGCUCAAUGUGUAGUCUGCUUUUCGCCUUUAUCUUUCUUUCUUUUUUAUUCAUUUUCAUUUGGAUGUUUAUCUCUGCAUUCAGUUUGUAGUUCUGUUUAUUUAAUACAUUUUGUGAUAAAAGUGGAUGGUAUCUGCUGGUC